GCCCGUUAUUUAUACGCUUAUUCUUUCUCUUUAGUGAAAUCUAGUCCUGUGACGUAAGCGCCGUUUCAUUUUUGUCGGCAGAGAUCCUGAGCUCUUUUCGAUGCAGGUUGGCUGUGUCCGAAAACGCAUGUUAGCGUGCUAAAUAGCAUGUGAAGAUAGUAUGCCACUGUAGUAUUUGAGAUACUAUUCCUCGCGGCAGUGUGCGGCUCGGAGAGUAACACGGCGCUCUCUCGCUUCACUCGGACGGAAAUAGGAGGGGGGUUCAACUCCGGCUGCCUCAUCCCUUUAAGAGCAACCGGGGACAUAGCGGUGAGAGAGAAAAGGAGAGGAGGGGGAGAAGAAAGAGGAAUUUAAAAAAGAAAAGGAAGAAAGGAGACAGGGGAGGAGGGAGGGAGGAGAGAGAGAGAGUGUGUGUGAGAGUGAGUGAGCACCGCGAUUUAAAAAAAAAAAAAAAAAAAAGAAAGAUGUCAUCGUGCGAAGGGAAGCGCCGAGGUGGAGCGGUAGGCCGCGGCCGGGCUCCGGCACCGCUUGCCCGGGUCACGGCGUGAACGCAACACCGAGGCUUCGACUAAAACACCCGAUUGGCCUGUUCGGGGCGGGCGGGGGAAGUCAGGGGAGGGGGACAAAAAUAACAACACAGAUUUAUGAAUUGGUUCGUUUUUAAACCUCUUUCAACACGCGUGAAUCCCUUAAUGUGUGACGGUUAAAAACAAGGUCUAAAAAAAAACAACCAAAUCAGAUCAUUGUCUUUUGCUGCAUGUUGUAUCUUAUAACAAUUAUUGCUUUCGUUCGUCGAGUUGCUGAAUUGCGUAUGAAGUUUCCGGCGGUUCAGCUAACAUCGCGGUUAGUUUACAUAUAAAUAUAAAUCUAGCAGUGAUCAUUGUCUGGUUUAAACUGGCUAAUAAGAGAGAAAGCUUUUGUCCAGAUACACUUAGUUUAGUCCAUCACUACAGUGGUUCAGUGCAUCAGAAAAUAAAAGUAUUAUUAUUAUUAUUAUUAUUAUUAUUAUUAUUAUUAUUAUUAUUAUUGCAAUGCUGCUGGCAGGUUUCGUAUGUUAGAUGUUACCAGCAAGUCAAGGCUAAAUCCGAAAGUUUUAGUCUGUAGUUAUUUAUCUCUUACCUGCGGAACAACAUGGAUACUGCAUGGAGCAGUUUUCUCUUCCAGACCACGCCCACCCAGACCCAUCUAGAGGGUUCUCUCCAAUCAGAGCUUAUGCAGGUCCACACGGGCUCCCCUCACAGCCCGCCCACGGAACCCAUAGCCACGCCCCCGUCCACUGUGGACACCACCGCCCUCAGUGAGGACCCUGUACCUGAAAAGCCACCAGUUCGUCCAGGCCGUGCUGCUCAUAUCUGUGCCAUCUGCAACAAGCAGUUUAAAAAUAGCUACAACCUGCGGCGGCAUCAGUCAGUUCACACAGGUGUGCGUCUAAAGGGAGGGUCUUCCCAGAAUCGUGAAGGCGGCUCUAAAGAGGCCACUGAGCCUCUGUCCCUUCUCCACCUCAGCAUAGUCCCACCCUCUUCAGGGCUUCCUACACAACCUCAGCAGCAGCCGCCACUUACUCAUGACACCAGUGAUUUAGCCAUGACCAGCACCGUUACGCCUCUUCCCCCUCCCACAGCCAUCGUCAUGCCGACUGGGGAGCCAGUCCAGCAGAGGCCGGUGAACCCAACCCCAAAUGCUAACGUAGUGCGUAAAAACCACGCAUGUGAGACUUGUGGGAAGGCCUUCAGGGACGUCUACCACCUGAAUCGUCACCGGCUCUCGCACUCUGACGAGAAGCCCUUCUCCUGUCCCGUGUGCCAGCAGCGUUUUAAGAGGAAAGACCGAAUGAGCCACCAUGUGCGCUCACACCAGGGUGGCGUCGAGAAGCCCUAUGUGUGCCCACACUGUGCCAAGGCUUUUUCUCGCCCUGACCACCUUAACAGCCAUGUCAGACAAGUUCAUUCUACAGAACGCCCUUUCAAAUGUCCGACAUGCGAAUCAAGUUUUGCCACAAAAGAUCGUCUGCGCGCUCAUAUGAUCCGGCACGAGGAGAAGGUUCCAUGUCACAUCUGCGGCAAACUGCUGUCUGCUGCUUACAUCACUGAUCACAUGAGGGUGCACAACCAGUCCCAACACCAUGCCUGCCACCUGUGUAACAGAAGUUUUACGACGCUCACGUACCUGCGCAUACAUGCUCAGAAGCACCACGGUCAGGAGUGGAAGGAAAGUGGCUUCGGAUCCAGCGGUUCUGUUCUAGUGUGCCAUUUGUGUGGUGUGCACUGCAAAACCCUCACGCAACUGCAGGGCCACAUGGGUACCCACAAUCCCCCAGGCAGCAGCAGUGGGGAGGGCGUUCCUGAUGGCACACUUGCGCUGAGUAGCAGCAGCAGCAGCAGCAGCAGCAUGGCACCGGCACCUGCUGUCUUCGUGAGCACCAACACCAUGGUGGAUCUGCUGGUCACCGACUGUUCCUGCAUCGCACAGGAGCCACAGAGCUAGUACUGUACGCCUGUAACACACACCUAUAUCCACAGACAUACAAUCACACACUCAAGCACCCAGCUAGCAAACUGGACCUCUGUACAUACCUUUGUGAUGCUUAGGACAUGUGUAUAAAAAUGGUAUAUACCAGGACUAUUCAAUUAGCAGGUUUUAUUUUUAAGUAAUAUGACUUGUACGGUACUAUUAAAAAAGUUGCUGUUAUUGAUUUUCUAGCUAAACUUUGGGGAAAUCUUUGACCUGGCUUUGGAGCCAGCAGCCAAAAAAUUGAUCAUGGUCUACUCACAUUAGGCUAUCAGGAAGCUUCUUAAUACAGAGGUAGUCCCUCGACAUGUGCACAGGCAGGUCAUGUACAUUUCACUAUAAAUAAGUAAGAUGUGGAGCUCAAGCUUAAACGUUCUAGGAUUAUGGAAGAGCUAUUUAUAUACGGAAGUGAUUGUAAAGACCCACAGUUGAUAGUUCUGUGGAAAUGAAGGCAUACAAAAAGAAAAAAAAAAAAGACUGAGUAGGAGAGAAGUGUAAACAUUUGUGUCUUCCAGAGCUGAAGAGUCUUGAUAGAUUUGAAGCAUUUUGCUGCCUGGUGAAAUCAUUAUACUUUUGUCAUUUUUGUGAGGACAAAUGUCUUUCCAAAUUUAACCAGCCUUCCAGUGUCUGUGUUGUUUGUUGAGAUAUCACUUAAAUGUAGAUGCUUCGGAUAAUUCUAUAAAUUAAACGAUUAAAUUCAAGUUUGUUUGUUUUUUUUAUUACUUUUUGCAUAUGGCAUUGCCACAUUCCUCUUCCUUGUCUUUAGAAGGAGGGUCUUUGAGGAAAGUGAGUGAGAUGGCUGGGAAGGAAUCUGUAAAAUCCCUGAAUAUUAAACAGAUCGAGGGAAACCUUCCUAGACAAGCUUUGUUGGGAUCAUCUUUGUUGGGAUUAUGCCUUAUUAUCAACCACAUAUAUGUAUUUAUAUAUAAGAAUAUAUAUUACAUGAUGAAUAGCCCUGGUAUAUACUUAUAAUGCACUCUCUCUUUCUCUCUAACAUACCAAUCCACAUUAUUGAGCAAAUACUGUGAAAAGAGCUAUUACACAGCUAACUGAGCACACACACACUCACCAAUUACACAUCCACUGUAGCAAAUAAGGAAGGGAACUCCGCAUGCAUGAACACUACGUCUACCAGUCUCCACAGCACGAUGUAGAUCUUCAGUGUAUUAUUGCAACAUGAUCAGAGGUGCCUGGGAAGUCCACAGCGGCUUCAUCUACGGCAUGAGGGCAAAUUAGACACUUAACCUCAGCACCAAGUACGAUUGCACUGGCUGGAUUUCUCUACUUUAUGUUGUUCUUUAAAUCUGUUUCACUCUUAUUGCUGCAGGAUACAAUGAUACUGUGAUUGUGACUUUCUACUGUAUUUCACGUUCUGCGCACUCUCUCUCUUCCACACCUUUCUACUCACACACUUUCAACCAUGGAGAGAUGGAAAAGGAUGUUGAUUUAAUAAUAAUAAUAAUAAUAAUGAUAAGUAAAAUGAGAACAGAAGGAGCGAUGCAGGGGUAAAAAGAGACGUGGAGCAGUUUAACAACAUACUUGUCUUCUUAACUCCAGAGAUGGGGCACCUCACACUAAACUUUAAAGGCAAUUCUUUAGGAAAGUGUGUGUGUGUGUGUGUGUGUGUGUGUGUGUGUGUGUGUGUGUGUGUGUGUGUGUGUGUGUGUGGUAAAAAUGGAUAACUGUGUCAAGAGCAUUAAUGGUUUGGUGAAAAAUGUCACAAAAAAGCAAGAGUUGUAUUCAGGAUCAUUGUGCACCUUAAAAAGUGAACCAGGAUUGUUUUGCUUAGUGAAUUUGGUUUUAAGUGACGUCUUGGAUAAAGGACUCUGCGUCUUCAUGAUCUUCAAGCAAAUUAGAAACUGCAUAAUGAGGAACUGACUGAUGCUUGAUUAUUUUUUUUCUUACUGCAAGCAAAAAAAAGCUCAUACAAAAUGAAUGCUUCUACGAGAACUCAGAAAAAUUAUAUUUUGGCCAUGAUUAUUAUUCAUGCUGUGUUUUUCAGUUUGUGAAGCAAGUGUUUAAAGGAAGGGCUUAAUCAAACAACCGAAUUUGUUAGCCGGAAAUAGUAGUCCACCUGUUGAGAUUUAAAAAAGAAAAAAAAAAAAGGUUUUUGUACUGGAGUGAUUAGUUUGAGCAGUUUAAUGUUGGUACUGUACAUUAUGUGGUCAUUCACUAACUUAAAUUGUUUUUGUAAUUGGAUAUUUUGUUUGAUCAGUAAUUGUUUCUUAAGCUCUGAAUCAUGUUUAGGUUAUUCUUCAUCUAGCACUAAGGUGAAUACCUCUCCUAUAGGAAUCAGUAGAGUUCCGGCACUGCAUCUCAAUGCCUUAUCGUACCACUCUUCCCUGUUUUAAUGAAUAAGACUCUAAAGGUAUUUUAAAUUGUAGGCUUGGAUUCAGUACGAAAUAUUAAUGGGAUGUAUUUAUAUUUAUAUUUUUAUAUUUCUCAACAGUAUGCAUGCCUAUUAGCAAUUGUUAGAGCAACAAAAAAAAAUAAUAAUAAUAAUUAUGUUGAUGCUUACCAUGAUUAUGAAUAGUAUGUCAUUAUUUUGUAGAUUAUGUAGAUCAUGUUAUUAUUUUGUAAUUUUGACUAUUAAAAAAAAAAGCAAGUAAUGAUAGCUUUGGGUGAGACGUGUCACUUUUUUUUCUUUAUUUAGCUCUGAAUUGGGCAGGUUUUUUCAUGAAUGAGAACAAGAAAUGUGGUCAGUUCAAUUUUUCUUGUCUUUUUUUUUCUUUUUUUUUCUUUUUUUACAGUGAUGAUCAUCAAUGCAACUUUAUUUCAGCUCGGACUUUGGAGGUUUCGGGGGUCUGUGCUUAGUUCAUUUCACAAUUUAAUCAGUAUAUUACAAUCCUCAUUUAAUAAAUUGUUGUAUGAAAAGACUGACCAGCUCAUGUCAUUAAGAAACUGAUUUCUUGAAAACACUGAAAUAAAUGAUGAAACAGAAGCCAGUGAGACAGCAGUAGUGUUUAGAAGAAGCUUAGUUCUCCAAAACGCUUGAAAUAAUUUCCCAGCUGCUUAUAAAACUACAUAAUAGUGCAUCCAAGAGGGUUAUUGUGGCUUGCAUUGGUAAGUUUCCUUAUACUUAAAUUUGCACAAACUCACGAUUUGCUAUAGGAUUUUUAUGAAUAAUGCUCCAACAAAUGAUUUGGGAAUACAUUUCUUUAGAGCUUGCUAAAUGUGCCCUGUUGUGUGUAAUGUGUAUUUUAUACAGUCGAUUUUGGCCAUAAGUACAGAAACAGAGCAGAAGCAUCUCCAAUCUUAAACUGUCUGUACAGAGAUUUGCAGCUACACAACAGUGUAUCCAAGUGAACUGAUGACGGGCAAAUUUGUGCCACACAACAUAUUGAUUUAUUUCAUUGUUUGCUGCAACAUGACUAUAUGUGUUUGGAUUGAGAAUGACGCUUCAGAAGCACUUUGCUUGCAUAGCUUCAUUAAAUAUGUGAAAUAUUUUCGUCCCCCCAUUUCCAUAAGUAACAUCCAUCCAUCCUUCCAUCAAUCCAUCCAUUUCAGAGUCACAGGAGCCCUGGAGCUUAUCACAGGGGACUUGGAGCACCAGGCAGGGAACAUCCUGUACAGGCUGUCAGUCUU